AUGACCAAGUCUAGCCUGCUAUCGGGCGUCAUGCUGGUCGCAUUUUUGGGGUCUUCCCUCUCCUUCGUGGGUCUGCGCGCAGCACCCCGCCAGGAGAGCCGCACGGCACUGCGAGGGCAAGCUGGCGCCUCCGCCACGCCCUGGACGCCGGUCCUUAGCCGCGACGUCGUGGAGAUCGAGUUCACUGCCCCUGCACAGGGUGCCCGCUGCCGCUUCAUGAUCAAGGCCGAUGCCGAUGUCAGUGAGGUGCUGUCCGAGGGCCGCAAGAGGCUGGGCUUCGACCAAGCCUGGAUGCCAGACUCCGACUUCAAGAUUUACAACUCAGAGGAUGAGGAGGCUGGCCCCUUGAAGGCCCGCGAAUGGAAGGUUCAGGAAUUCAGGGAUGGCAUACUUGGGCAUACGGAUGGUUUAAAGUCAUUUUUGUGUUGUGUGGGGUUUGGGAGUUGGGAUGAGAGUCGGGCUUCUGUUGCAGGUGCACGUGUCCAGUGUUUUUUUUGCCUAACGUUGGCCCUGGCUUGA